AUGGAAGAAGAUAGCACUUAUCCAACAAGUCGUUUUAUUAAACUUUAUGAUAAAAAAAGAACUUUCUAUUACAAAAUCAUAAAAGAGGGAACAUAUCCUCUUACCAAUCAACUUCAUUACACCAGAAAUCCAAAACAUCCAAUUCCUCACAAUUAUAUUGUUGAAACUCAAUAUGGAAAAGCAAACCAUAUUGUAAAAUGUUCAAUUAAUUAUGUGGAAGGAAAACCUUUAUUUAAAGUCAACUUUGGAGAAAAUUUUGCGAAAGAAGAGUUCAAAGAAGCUACUAAUAAAGGAAAAAUAUCUGGCCUUCUACUUUUUGGUCUCAAGUUACUUAGUGUUGAACGAGUGCAUAAGUCAGUGACAUUAAAAAUUCAACCUUUUAGUGAACUUAGCAACACCACAAGACGCCGAAAGAUGCUAUGCUUAUCACAAUGUAUUUUGGAUGCUGUUGAAGAAGAAAAGGAAAACAUGUUCCAUCCAACUGACCAAAUAAAACUUAAGCAAGUAAAAUUUGAAUCUUAUAAUGAUUUAUAUGAUAUUAAUUUUGAGCAGUUAGAUAUAAUGGGAGAAAUAAAAAGAAUUGAGGCAGUAGUUAAAUCUUUAGACAGAAAUCAUAUUUCAAGAGAGGCAUAUCGAUCUUUAGCGCGAAUUGAACAUAGUAUACCACGUGAAGAGGCAGUAUCAACUACACGACAAAGAAUCAAUAUAGAAAUGAGAAAAAAUAUUCCAUUAACUCUUGUUGAUUUAUUACAACCAACUAUUUUUGAGCCAAUUACAGAAUAG